UCCACCUUCGAGAAGAUGUGGGCCUUCAUGAGCAGCAAGCCCUCGGCGCUGGUGAAAAACAAUGAGGAGGGCAUCCAGAGGACCCUCACGGCUGACUACGCGCUGCUCAUGGAGUCCACGACCAUCGAGUACGUCACGCAGAGGAACUGCAACCUCACGCAGAUUGGGGGCCUCAUCGACUCCAAGGGUUAUGGCAUCGGCACGCCCAUGGGCUCCCCUUACCGGGACAAGAUCACCAUCGCCAUCCUGCAGCUGCAGGAGGAGGACAAGCUGCACAUCAUGAAGGAGAAGUGGUGGCGGGGCAGCGGGUGCCCUGAGGAGGACAACAAAGAGGCCAGUGCCCUGGGGAUCCAGAAGAUUGGGGGCAUCUUCAUCGUCCUGGCCGCCGGCCUGGUCCUGUCUGUGCUGGUAGCCGUGGGCGAGUUCGUGUACAAGCUCCGCAAAACUGCAGAGCGAGAGCAGCGUUCCUUCUGCAGUACUGUGGCCGAUGAGAUCCGUUUCUCCCUCACCUGCCAGCGUCGGGUCAAGCACAAGCCGCAGCCUCCCAUGAUGGUCAAGACUGAUGCCGUCAUCAACAUGCACACGUUCAAUGACCGCCGGCUUCCAGGCAAGGACAGCAUGUCCUGCAGCACAUCAUUAGCCCCUGUGUUCCCCUAGGCACAGGUGGGGUGGGGACCACAGGCCUAGGGCAGGCAGGUCAGAGGAAAGCAAAGGAGACUGGAAGGACUGUCGCCUGCCCUCACACCGGGCUUGGGGACCAGAGCUGCUGCCCGCCUGUUGGGCCAGGAGCCAUCUGCCAUUACCUACCAGGAAACCAGCAGGCCCUCAGGCCAGCUGCUUGGGCUUCAUUCUCCUUUUAUUUCUUCUAUGGGUUUCUAAAGCUGCCAGCCAAGACAGCCAAGGCCAAAGGAAGCACAUGCCUCUCUCAGACCAAACUCAUCUCCCCUCAACCCUCCUCUAGAGUCAGAAGUUUCUGCCACGAUACUGCAGAGGCCACAGAAAAUGGGAGACAAGUCUUAUAUUGACUCUCCUUCCCCAAGAGCGCAGGCCUCCCAGGGCUUGACCAUGAGACCAGAGACACAAGCCUUAGGUGUCUUAAGGGUGUUAUAAUGUGGCUACCAAUGAGAGCUAAAGAUGAAGAAUGGCCAUCCCAUCCAAAGGAAGACUUCAUCCCUCAGGGGCUGUUCAGGUAGUCCUGGUCUUCUGGACUUGGCAUCACCCACAGCAGCCCCUGUCUUGGCAAAGCUGAAGGCAAAGAGCCCACAGGGGAAAAGAGUUUGAGGUAUGGGAGAGAAAGAAUGCGCAGGUAGAGGCUGCCAUUUUGGAUUCAUGUGGACAGUGUCCCAAUGGCUCCCACUCCUCUAGAAGGUCUCUGCAAACAUAAGUAGGGGAGUGAUCACAGCAUAUUCUUCUCUGCUUUCUGGCCAGAGAAGAGGGGACCCCCUAAGUCUUUCACAAAGGAUGCCCAGACAUUCAGCCAAUAUUUGAAGCCCAGCAGAGGAACAGUGGAUUCCGUGGAAGUCCCACAGGCCCUGGGGCCAGUGGAUCCUACGUUGCUGGUUAGCAAGCUGUUUCUAAACCCUGUUGGCAUUUGGGAACCUGGAUCUUCACCAUCUACUCAUCAGCAAUUCCCCACUCCUGGCCAGUUGACCUUGGCCUCCCUCUGUCAUCUCAGAAGGAAGAGUGGCCUAGAUCAAAGUGGAAGUCAGGUCACCCUUCCUUAAAAGAGGGGUCAGAGUCCUGCUGUACAGGCUGACGUUGGGGUAGAUGGGCAAAGCCAGAGGGGACAAAGAACUCCUGGCCUCCUGCACUUGCCAAACCUAAAGAUAGUCCCCAGAAAAAGUUUCCAGGGGCAGGAAGGCCCCAAAGGGGGAGAGGGAGAAGCUGCCUCCUGGAGAAUUAACCAAAGACCCCACACAGAGACACAAGGCCAUCCUGGCCCCUUGUCUCUUGUCCAGAGCAGCUGCGACCCUAUGGGCUGGGGGAAGACAGCAGAGAAGUAGCAGCAGUGUGGGUACCAGGGAGGGGGUGGACCAGAUGAUCUGUGGGUCAGCCGCUGCAAUGGAUGCUCUAGGGGUCUGUGACUUUAAGAUUCUUGGCAAAGACUGAGACAUGAAGGGUUAGGCACAAAGUGUCCUUAAAGAGAACACGAUGGGGCUGGCAGGCUGCCUGUGACCAAGGACAGAGGGCAGCCUUUGAGCAGGGGAGGGAGGAACCAGGGGACAGCAGCCACUCGCCUCCCACCUCUCUCCUGUUGCUGUUGGGGAGCCUGGUUAGGGAAGAGCUACACUUGGAUUCAAGGGCCUGCUCAGCUGGGGUGAAGGGUAAUCUCUAGCAAAGCAGGACACCACAGUGGGCUCAAGUGCUAAAUACUGUCCCUCCUCCAGGCUGUCUGUUGCAGGAGGGAGAAGAGGGCUGGACAUACAGCAUAGCCCCAGGUGUGUAAUGACAGGAAAAGCCAUGCUGUCGUGAACUUUGGAGUGCAGGGGUGUGUGCAUGUGUGUAUUUGUCUUUGCAUGUGUGAGCUUCGGGGGCUAGGGGCGAAGGACAGAUUUGGACAUAUAACAUAGUCCAGGGCAUGCAAUAAUAAGUGAAUCCUUCGGGAUCUGGGGGUAUGUGUGUGUGUGUGCGUGUACGUGCACAUACAUGAGUGAAUUAGGGAUGAAGGAUACAAACC